GUGAGCGCCUCACCAGUCAGUUCGUCAGUCAGUCAGUGAGAGUGGUCUCGAUCGGUCCGAAGGACGACAACGACGUGUUCUCGUCCCUCUUCUCUUUUUCAACCUGGGCUGUGGUGGCCCACGUGCGGGUCAACAUCCGAGACCAGCCCGCCGAUCCUCCAGCUGGUGGGCCCACCACUGACCACUGGGGGGCCAGGGGUGACGACGGGUGACACGGGUGACAAGGGGUGGUGGACCAGUGAGUCCACUCUGGGUCCGCCACCGCAUGGACCAAGGACAGACGGAGCAAGCCAGGCAGAAACCGAUUUAGGCACGAGUGUGUGAGCAACGCGAUUCAUUCGUGCCCUUCCUACCCGCUUACCCGCUUAUCCCAUCAGGCCAUCACCCACCCCCUUCACCCCCUUGAUCCCAAUGGGGUGUCAUUCAAUGUAGUUCUUCUUCUCCUUUGUGGUGACUGAUGUGUGGCCCUAGCCCAGCCAGUGGUGGCAAUUUGGAAGUGAGAAUCGAUCGAUCGAACGAACGAACGAACGAACGGGCUCUUCUACGAGCUUGAGCGCGUACUCACGUGGUCGGUGAUCGGUGGGUCAUCCCUGGACUCGAUUGGGUCGGUUCGAAUUCGAAACUAGCCGAGAUGAAAUCGCUGUCCCGACCCCAGUAAUCAAGGUCAUCCAUCCAUCCAUCGCGAAAUUGUUGGCCCUGGUAGGGGCCUGAGGAUUGCGUGAUUGACACCGACAAGUUGAGAACCAUGAGUGGACCCAAAGGGGAAACCAGCGGAUCCAAGCCCGCCCAAUACCAGGUCCCCGUCUUCGUAUUUCCGUCCCGACUGGACUUCUAUUUGGAGGAUCAAACUACGCACAAGCGCAUUCUGACCUUGUAUAAUCCCUACGAUAUGGAUGUGCCCUUCAAAGUUUUGUGCAAUAAUCCGAAGAAGUAUGCUGUGGUCGAGCCUGAAGGCCAAAUCGUAGGUCAGAAGUGCGUGGACAUCGUGGUCCGGCAUGUGAGCGUAUCGCCACAGAAUCUUCAACACCCGGACAAAUUUCGCAUUCAGCUCUACAACCCCGACCACUCGGAGCUCAUCGGCCAAACUGAUGUGAUCGCCACCCUCCAUUCAGGAAUGCCGGAGGAUCAUCCGGAGCAUCAAACGCAUAAUUCGCAUUCCUUACCCCACCGUGCCUCCACGGCUCGGCCCAGUUUGACGUCGCUACCGGCAGGCCCGAGCUCAACGGGUGUCGACUUUUUCCACUCUCAAACCCCGCCCAAUCAGCCUAAUUUGAUCGCUUGUUUAGCUGGACUGGUGUGCAUCAUCUCAUUAUUUUUGCCCACGGAGGGCGAGCCAUCGGAAACGUUUAAAGAUUACACGUGGCUCCACUUGACCGUCAAUCAAAAAUUGGUCUUUGCUUACGUUUUGGGUCUCGUUACCAUGGUCAUACUUCGUACCACUUGAUAUCAUGGGUCUGGGGUUUUAUUUUCAUUCGUUUCCUCACGUUUUAUACGCCUUUUCUUUAUAUGAUAUUGGUAUUCUGUACCGCUAAAAUAAACAUACAUUAUCAAUCUUUGGCUUCUGAUCCAAAGAAAUCAUAGCAA